AUGUUCACCCUUGUACAAUUCUCAAUCAAAUUUUCACACCUGGAACCCAAUUUCAACUUCAAUUUCUUCCAUAAUGGUGUAUACAAGACCCAACCCACUUCCUCUUUUUCUCAUUUUUACCCAAACUUUACUUCUUUUCAUCUGGGUAGCUUCAAGUUGAGAGCAUACAGGGAGAGAGGUUCCUUCUUGGAAAGUACAGUGUUUAAAAAUGGGGUUUUGUUUGAAGAGAAAAAGAGAGUGGUUUUGGUGAAAAAUAAUCAACGGUUUGGGUUCAAUAAUGGUGGUGGUGGUGGUGGUGGUGGGACUGCUAGGAUUUUGGGAAAUCUUGCUUUGGCUAUUGGGUUAACUUAUCUCUCAAUGACUGGACAACUGGGCUGGAUUUUGGAUGCUAUUGUUUCCAUUUGGAUCCCGAUAGUAGGUCUUGGUGCUUUCCUCUGGUGGGCAGGAAGAGAUAUAAUGAAAGGCACAUGUCCAAACUGUGGAAAUGAUUUUCAGGUUUUCAAGUCCACUUUAAAUGAGGAAUUGCAGUUGUGCCCCUUUUGCGGUCAACCUUUUUCGGUUGAUGGCAACGAGUUUGUAAAGGAAUCUGUGAACUUUUCAAAACAAUCUACAACAUUUGGACAAGCUUUCGACAAUUUCUCACGUUCAAGAAACGACGAGGAUUCUGGUAGAGCAAUUGAUGUUGAAGCUGAAGUAAAAGAUGCUGAUUGA